AUGGAUGAACUACGCUUUCGCUCCCAGCAGUCCCCGCGGGGCAACGACCAGUCCAUGCAUUCGUUUGUCUCACCUACUCGAAAUGCCUCCAGAAUGCCUGCCUCCCAGGUCAACCCUCAUGCCGGCGCCCACGACCAUCGAUCUGGCCUGCCUCGUCGCUUUACCACCGAUUCUGGUCGAGUCCCGACACUUUCCUCUCUGGGUGCUCAACGGGUGCCCGAACCUCCCCAGGACUAUAAUAUCGAGAAGAAGAAGAUGGAGUAUGAACGAAUCCGUGAGCAAAGGCGGAGGUUUGAGCUCGAGAUGCAAAAGCUGGAUCAACAACAAAGACGAGAGGCUUUGGAACUUGCUCAGAUGGAGGAGGAAGUUGGUAGAAUGGGCGGCCACCAGUCCGAGCCCACCACACCCCCCGAAUACCGAGAUAACUCUGGAUUCCCUACGUUUUUAUCGCGGCCGAGCCGAUACUCUAUGUCUAGCUUGACCUCCCCUCCAGGUCUAUUCAACCGCCCUGUUAGAUCCGGCUCGCAACUCGCUUCUCCCCAAUCCGGUAUCAGACAGGCACGCUUUGGAUUUGAGGAUACUACGACCCAAAUGCCUUCUCGUUCUGUGCCAACUACUCGAAGAAAUAGUGAUGAUGAAAAGGAGGAGGCUGUUCGACAAGAUCCCAGCAGUCAUCGCUCUGGUAAUGCAAUCAAUCGAUACUCGAUGCCUGUGACGCGUUCACGUACGGGGAUGUAUGACGUUGGUCUUGAUCAAACAAACACUACUCGUUUUCUUUUUGGUGACGAAGAGACGAAUGCAGGAGGCCAUAGUGGUCCUGAUGCAAACUUCCCAACUCUUGUUCGUCACGACGAUCAGAUUCUCUCAGCGUCCUCGGCCGCCUUAGAUCUUGCCCUAUCCCCGUCUCCUAAUCCCGAGUCGACACCUUCUUCAAGAGGUUGGAGCCGUGUUGUUAACCGUCAUCGCCCUCAGCAGAGUCUCUCUUCGAUCAACGGAAGCUCCAACGUCGUAAGCGAUCUUGUUGGCCUAGCAUCUCGACCUACUUCCCUCCGCCAUUCUAUGGAUCUUAAGUAUAUCUCGGAAAACGCUGUUGAGACUGGUGCCAUCAUGUCUCCUAGUGCGACUCCCAACAUGGCGACUCCCCCGAAGCUGCAGAGCUCGUUCUCUUCGAGUGAGGUUCCCACGGUCAAGAGCCCUGGGGCUUCGUCUUCAAAGACAAACAAUCAUGCACAGCAGCAUUUCCACAACCACAAUGCCAGCCUUGGCCGCAUCCCAGCUGGUGCGGUCCAUCGUGGCCACAGUCGGGAGCUCUCUUCAGAGAACCCUGCUGUUAGCCGUGAGCAGCACAACUAUCCUUCGAUCCAGUCUGCCCUGCAGGCCAGUGCCGCUCCCUUUGGGCCCAGUACUACAGCUGCAGUGCAACCCUCUGCUAUGGUGAACCCUUCCGCCGGGGCCGCAGCCGCGAACAACUACAACAAUGUGUUCUAUUCCGCCAACGGGUACGGCGCUCCUCAAGGCAUCCCUCAAGGCGGCAUUCCCCAGGUGAUGCCUCAGGGAGCACCCCAUCAGCCAGGAGGAUACAACGUCAAUAUGCUCGCGAACAGUAUGCAGCAGAUGAACAUGAAUGGGGCCAACGGCAGCAACAUGUAUCAGCCUCAGAACUACAACGGCUACAACGCCGGUCCGUACAACCAGGGUAAUCAGCCUCGAGACAGCCAGGCACGCGUCAUUCAGCAUCGCCGACAGCUUGACAAUGAAGCCAUGUCUCGCUACCAGAACACGCCCCUUGAUUCCUUCGUGGGCAACAUCUAUGAGCUUUGCAAGGACCAACAUGGCUGCCGUUACCUCCAGAAGAAGCUUGAGGAGCGCAACGCCGAUCAGGUUCACAUGAUUUGGGCCGAAACCAACCAGCACGUCAUUGAGCUCAUGACGGACCCGUUUGGUAAUUAUUUGUGCCAAAAGCUCCUUGAGUUCUGCAAUGACGAUGAGAGGACUACUUUGAUUCAAAAUGCUUCCCAGGAUAUGGUCCGCAUCGCGCUCAACCAGCACGGCACACGCGCACUCCAGAAGAUGAUCGAGUAUGUGAGCACCCCUCAGCAGGUCCACAUCAUCAUCGAGGCUCUUCGCUACCGGGUUGUGGAGCUUAUCCAGGACCUCAACGGCAACCAUGUCAUUCAGAAGUGUCUCAACAAACUUACCCCCCCUGAUGCGCAGUUCAUUUUUGACGCUGUUGGCGGCAGCUGUGUCGAAGUGGGCACUCACCGACACGGCUGCUGUGUUCUUCAACGCUGUAUCGACCAUGCCUCUGGCGACCAGAAGCUGUGGCUUAUCCAGCGAAUCACCGAGCAUGCACGAAUCCUUGUCCAGGACCCCUUUGGCAACUACGUCGUUCAGUACAUUAUUGACUUGAACGAACCUCUGUUCACCGAGCCUAUCGUUCUUACCUUCAAGGAUUGUAUCACUCAGCUGUCCCGCCAUAAGUUCAGCUCCAACGUCAUCGAGAAGUGCCUGCGCUGCGCCAAGGCACCUUCCAAGGAUCUGAUCGUGGAGGAGCUGCUACGCAACCAGGAGAUGGAGCGCCUCCUCCGGGACUCAUUCGCCAACUAUGUCAUUCAGACUGCUCUUGAGUAUGCUACUCCUCAUCAAAAGCAUCGCCUUGUAGAGGCCAUCCGCCCCAUUCUUCCCCAGAUUCGAACCACUCCCUACGGCCGUCGUAUUCAAGCUAAGAUCUCGGCCUUCGACAACCGUGGAAGCGCUGCCUCUAGCGGGCAAGUGACACCAGCCGACAACACCCAGGGUCAAAUUCCUAUGCGCGCUACUCACGCUCGAGGUAUUUCUGGAGGUGGCCCUAUUCUCCAGGGCAAUGGUAUGCCGCACGGUGGGCCUAUGGCACCUAUGCGCCAGAACAUGCCCAUCUACUCCCCUAACCCCGCCAUGAACGGACAAGUUCCUACUCCUGGUGGACCUGUUCAGCAGCCUCAGUACGGACAGAUGACUCCUGGCAAUUUCACUCCCAAUGCUGCUGUCAACGGUGCAGCUAAUGGCAGCGCCGGUAACAGUAACUUCGGUGGCCAAGCCAGUGGCAACAGCGUCCCUACGAGCCCUGCCAAUGGCAACGGAAAUGUCAGCACGGGUCAGGGCGAACAGCCCCAGUGGCUUUAG